AUGACUGCGCGUCUUCCCCACCGGACUGCAUCCGGGGACUUAGAAUUGCAGGACAAUGAAACGAUCGGAUUCCGGGUUCCCCACGCGUCAAUAUUCAUUAGCGGAAAGGACGCUGGCCGUGGCGAACUAUUCAUUACUUCUCAGCGCGUUGCCUGGCUCUCCGACGUCGAGGCGUGUGAUAGGCCAUGUCUGUACUGCCAGAUAAAAGGGGAAGCUCUAGCAGACCUGUCUAAUGGGAAUCCUGUCAGCAGCUCGACCUCAGACUCUGCCUGUAUGCCUGAAGAGGCGGAAGAGUGUGCAGAUGAUGACGCAAUGGUCGAGCUGAAAUUCGUGCCAGAUGACCCCAGUUGCCUGCAACGGCUGUUCACAGUCAUGAGCGACAUGGCUGCGCUGCAUCCCGACCCCGAUUCCGCAACUUUAGACGGGGACGAAGAUGAGCUCUUUGACGAAGCAUCCCUCCGUCGGCAG